AAACUUCCUGAGAUGUCAACAACGGCGACGAUGGGCGAGAUGGCAAACAGCGCCGUGGAGUUUUAUCCCAAAGGGACUCGAGGCAGAGGCGGAGGAGGAGGGAGGGCAGACGGCAGCAUUUCGGGGGCAGACUUUGGGGUGACGGUGAAGGAGCUCAGGGAGCUGAUGGAGCUCCGGGGCGCCGACGCCCUGCAGAAGAUCCAAGACAGCUACAGAGACACAGAGGGCCUCUGUCAGAGACUACUGUCCAGCACCACUGAUGGUCUCAGCGGCGACCCGACAGAUUUGGAGCGUCGACGCCAAACGUUUGGCUGCAACUUUAUCCCCCCGAAGAAGCCCAAAACCUUCCUGGAACUGGUGUGGGAGGCCCUGCAGGACGUCACCCUCAUCAUCCUGGAGGUCGCCGCCAUCAUUUCACUCGGCCUCUCUUUUUACCAGCCUCCCGGGAAGGAAAGCGAAGCGUGCGGGAACGUGAGCGCGGGAGCAGAGGACGAAGGGGAGGCCGACGCCGGUUGGAUCGAGGGCGCCGCCAUCUUGCUGUCCGUCGUGUGCGUCGUCCUGGUGACGGCGUUCAACGACUGGUCCAAAGAAAAGCAGUUCCGGGGUCUGCAGAGUCGGAUCGAGCAGGAGCAGAAGUUCACCGUGGUCCGGAAAGGAAACGUCAUCCAGAUCCCCGUGGCUGACAUGGUGGUGGGAGACAUGGCUCAGGUCAAAUACGGUGACCUGCUGCCGGCGGACGGCGUCUUGGUCCAAGGCAACGAUCUGAAGAUCGACGAGAGCUCCCUGACAGGAGAGUCGGACCACGUGCGCAAAUCUGUGGACAAAGACCCCAUGCUGCUCUCAGGUACUCAUGUGAUGGAGGGCUCGGGCAGGAUGCUGGUGACAGCUGUAGGUGUCAACUCCCAGACGGGCAUCAUCUUCACGCUGCUCGGCGCUGGAGAGAUGGAGGAGGACGUGAAAGAGAAGAAAGAGGACAGUACUCAGUUGCUCAUCCCUUCAGAUGCCAGUAACAGCACAGUCACCAAUGGGAAACAAGCUGACGGAGCUGUGGAGAACAAUCAGAACAAAGCCAAGAAGCAGGAUGGGGGUGUUGCCAUGGAGAUGCAACCCUUGAAGAGCGCAGAGGGCGGAGAGGUGGAGGACAGAGAGAAGAAGAAGACCAGCGUGCCGAAGAAAGAGAAGAGUGUGCUGCAGGGCAAGCUCACCAAACUGGCUGUUCAGAUCGGCAAAGCAGGUUUGGUGAUGUCGGCCAUCACCGUCAUCAUCCUCAUGCUGUACUUCGUCAUCAACACGUUUGUCGUUAAAGGUCGCACGUGGUUACCGGAGUGCACGCCCAUAUACAUCCAGUAUUUCGUCAAGUUCUUCAUCAUUGGAGUCACGGUUCUGGUGGUGGCUGUACCUGAGGGCCUGCCUCUGGCUGUCACGAUUUCUUUGGCUUAUUCUGUCAAGAAAAUGAUGAAGGACAACAACCUGGUUCGACAUCUGGACGCAUGUGAGACGAUGGGCAAUGCCACGGCCAUCUGCUCCGACAAGACCGGCACGCUCACCACCAACCGCAUGACUGUGGUGCAGACCUACAUCGGUGACGUGCACCACCGCCUGAUCCCAGACCCCGGACAGAUCAACCCUCGCACUCUGGAUCUAUUAGUCAACGCCAUCGCCAUCAACAGCGCCUACACCUCCAAAAUCUUACCGCCUGACGUGGAGGGCGGUCUUGCCAAGCAGGUGGGCAACAAAACCGAAUGCGGCCUGCUGGGGUUCGUGUUGGACCUUCAGCGGGACUACGCCCCUGUCAGAGAGCAGGUCCCGGAGGAGAAACUGUACAAGGUGUACACGUUCAACUCUGUGCGUAAAUCCAUGAGCACGGUGAUCAAACUGCCUGACGGGACGUUCCGCCUCUACAGCAAAGGAGCCUCUGAGAUCAUGCUGAAGAAGUGUUCCUACGUUUUAGACGCCAACGGAGAAGCACGAAGUUUCCGCCCRCGUGACCGAGACGAGAUGGUCAAACAGGUGAUUGAGCCGAUGGCGUGCGAGGGGUUGAGGACCAUCUGCAUUGCUUAUCGCGACCUGGCGCCAAAUCCAGAGCCAGAGUGGGACAACGAGGCCGAAAUCGUGACGGAGCUGACCUGCAUCACCGUGGUGGGGAUAGAGGACCCCGUGCGACCCGAGGUGCCCGAGGCCAUCCGGAAGUGUCAGCGCGCCGGCAUCACAGUGCGAAUGGUAACUGGUGACAACAUAAACACGGCCAGGGCCAUAGCCGCCAAGUGCGGCAUCAUUCACCCCGGAGACGACUUCAUCUGCCUGGAGGGCAAAGAGUUUAACCGGCGAAUCAGGAACGAGAAAGGGGAGAUCGAGCAGGAACGCAUCGAUAAAAUCUGGCCCAAGCUGCGCGUGCUGGCUCGAUCCUCGCCGACCGACAAGCACACGCUGGUCAAAGGCAUCAUUGACAGCAGCAUCGUGGAGCAGAGGCAGGUUGUCGCAGUAACGGGAGACGGGACUAAUGACGGACCAGCUUUGAAGAAGGCUGAUGUGGGCUUUGCCAUGGGCAUYGCGGGGACAGACGUGGCCAAAGAGGCGUCGGACAUCAUCCUGACUGAUGACAACUUCAGCAGCAUYGUCAAGGCGGUGAUGUGGGGGCGAAACGUCUACGAUAGCAUCUCUAAGUUCCUGCAGUUCCAGCUCACGGUCAACGUAGUGGCCGUCAUYGUGGCCUUCACCGGAGCCUGCAUCACUCAGGAUUCUCCCCUGAAGGCGGUCCAGAUGCUUUGGGUGAACCUGAUCAUGGACACGUUCGCUUCGCUCGCCCUGGCCACCGAGCCCCCCACCGAAGCCCUCCUGCUCAGAAAGCCCUACGGUCGCAACAACCCACUCAUCUCCCUCACCAUGAUGAAGAACAUCUUGGGCCACGGGGUGUACCAGCUGAUCAUCAUCUUCACCCUGCUCUUCAUCGGCGAGCGCAUGUUUAACAUCGACAGCGGUCGCAACGCUCCGCUCCACUCCCCGCCCUCGGAGCACUACACCAUCAUCUUCAACACCUUCGUCCUCAUGCAGCUUUUCAACGAGAUCAACGCUCGCAAGAUCCACGGGGAGAGAAACGUCUUCGACGGCAUCUUCGCCAACCCCAUUUUCUGCACCAUCGUUCUGGGGACCUUCGCUGUGCAGAUUGUGAUCGUGCAGUGGGGAGGGAAGCCCUUCAGCUGCGCCCCCCUCAACAUGGAGCAGUGGCUCUGGUGUCUGUUCGUGGGAGUCGGGGAGCUUCUCUGGGGGCAG